AAAAUAACUCACUCUAUGCCGCUCUGAAAGCGAACAUUGUGAAAGUAGUAAAUACCCCACACGCGAGAGACCUGUUGGAUUUACAGGGAAGCGCAAACUGUAUGGGCGAAACACCAGAAACAAGAAAAAACAAACAAACAAAAAGGGUAACACAAGGAACUUCUCUGGGAUUUGUCUUUGGGUGUAACUUUUGCCUUCAGACCGGUAGUUGAGUCUCACAACGGGGCCUCGGGAAAUGAUGACUGGUGAGGAAUGAACACGACUUCUCGCGCGACUAACAUUACCUCUGUAAAAUAAGCGUAUCGGUUGAGCGGCUGCUGGAUUAAAAGGAGGAGUUUCGUUUCUAUGACCAGGAAUAAUGGUUGUGGAGUGUAUAAAAGUGUCGGAGUUUGAGGGAAGCUAACAGGCUAUUCAGCCACACCCUCCCGUCGCUUCCUGAUACGCAAGAUGUAGCGGGAGACUACAACCGACGCGCGAGAGUCUCAGUAGCGAACUAAGUUCGUUAUUGUCGAGGAAACUACAAUAAAACAUUAAGCUGAACGUUAAAACAAUGGCAAGCAAAAGCGAAACUAUCUGCCACUGGACAACCGCUGCUUUUCUGCUGGAGAGGGCGUAUGGACAAUAGAUAUGCAUAAGGAACUGUGUUUUCCCACAGAACUUGGAUUGUGUACGAAAAAGAAACGGCUGAAAGUCGUUCGGGAAUAUUUGAUGAGUUUUCAAGGUCUCGUGGGAUGAUGGUGCAGUGGCGCCGGGCGCCCGCGCGUCUCGAGCUUCGGACGCAGGGUCAGCAAGACGGUCAAUACAUCAUCAGCAUCAUAUUGCAGGACGUGUAUUUCAAUGCAUUUAAUUUGCAUGACACGAAGAAAACCUGAAAUGACAAAUUCUGGAAGUCAACCUGCACUUUGCCUUCAUCUGGCCAUCUUCUCGUUCAUGGCACUGCAGUAGCCUUUUAAAAGAUUUUUUGGGGUUUGUUUGCAUUGUUGGAGCAACAUUGACAACCUGUGAAACUGAUCAGACUGUAGCCUACCUUACCAGAGGUAGUUGUGAAUUGUAUUAUUUCUUUCAUUAUGCACAUUUAAAAUCUGAUUAUUUAAACAUUGGGCAAUUCAGAGUUUUUCAAUUGAAGGGAUAUUUAACUAUAGCUCUCACCAGCCUAUUUUGCCUGCAUUUUUUAUUAUAGGAAUAUUUUUUUUUUCUUCAAAAGUACUUCCCUUAUUCUCACAGGUGCAUUGAGUGAAGUUUCAUAUUAUUUUGAGUUAUCAAAGUGUCCUGUGUGUUCGCAAAGAAGCUGAGUGGACUUUUUCUUCUGAAGGACAUUAUAGAAGACUCUUUGGCCAGUUUCACUCUCCUUGAGAAGGUGUGGAAAUCUUUUAUUACUGAAGAAAAUGACAUAAAUCACAUGUUUCGCACAAGAGAACGUGUGUUGCGAUCUUUAUUUUGAACAUUAGAGCGACCACACUACUAUGGCUAGUAGUGGCUCUGGAAAAUCAGAUAGUGAGGUUUCUACCAACAUCCCUAGUGGCAGCUUGCAACAAAGAAAAAGACUUUUAUCCAUCUGUGACGCAUGCAAGAGCAAAAUGCAGCUGGUGGCGGACCUGCUCCUGCUGUCCAGCGAGACCAGGCCGGUGGUGAACUCCGACGGCCUGCUCAUAGCAGAGACGUUCGAGAAAUGCCGCGACACCUUGAUCGCCCGAACUAAGGAAUUGUCUAUUAUUGUUCAUGACAUUCAGAGCCAGCUCAACAUGGGGAAGUUUGUGGAGGUCGGGGACCGACUGUUGGAGAUGGGGGACCUGGUGGUCUCGCUGACAGAGUAUUCGGCGCAUGCCGCGUACUUGGCGGCAGUGGAGAUACCAGGCUCACAGGCUGCCGUUCCCGGCCUGGUGGACCGCUAUAAAGUCACCCGCUGCCGCCACGAAGUGGAGCAGACGUGCAACACUCUACGCCUUACAGCUCUGGCCGACCUGACGCCGCAGCUCCUUCUGGAGGUGUCGCAGAACAUCCUGAAGAACCUCACCACGCUCACGGACGCCUCCUCUCUGGCCAGUGAUAAAUCCAAGGACAAGUUCGCCAAGGAGCAGUUCAAAGCUAGCGUCAAGUGCAUGAGCACAAGCGCCACGGCUCUGUUGGCGUGCAUGCGUGAGCUGAAGGCCUGCCCCAGCGAGCUGACCCGCAACCGCUGCGUCCUCUUCAGUGGCCCGCUCGUGCAGGCCGUCCACGCCUUGGUGGGGUUCGCCACCGAGCCGCAGUUCCUCGGAAAAGCCGCCGCCAUCACCCCCGAGGGCAAGGGGGUGCAGACGGCCGUCCUGGGCGGCGCCAUGAGCGUGGUGUCGGCCUGCGUCCUCCUGACCCAGGGCCUCAGGGAUAUUUCCCAGCAUCCCGAGAGCAGCUCCCAGAUGCCCGUCUACCGGGAGCGUCUGCGCAACUCUGCGUGCGCCGUCUCGGACGGAUGCACUCUCCUGUCUCAGGCACUAAGGGAACGAUCCUCACCUAGAACUUUACCGCCAGUUAACUCUCAUUCUGUGAAUUAAAACAACUCCCCAGCACGUUAUUUUUGAAGUACCAAAGAAUCUAAUCAGGUUUAACCCCUGUGUAGUAUGAGUUAGGGCUGGGCGAUAGUUUGAACAUUGGAGAGGUUAUCUUUUAAUGUUAAAAGUAUGUCUUAGAAAGGCCGUAAGCAGCUGCUUUCAAACACUCCCACGCAUAUGUGUGUGAGAGCACCGUAGACGGCAUCAAAUGUUUCUAUUUGCAACAUGUUUAACAGCGUUGAGCAUUGUAGCCAAUGAGCUCCGAAACACAAUGACCAAUCACAGGUGCUUAAAUUAGUCAACGGGGAAUCCACUUGUUGUGUUCUACAUGCUUGAAUCGUCUCAUUAUAACUAAACGUGAUGUAAAUAAGAGGUUCAUAUAAAUAAGUAACUAGUGUUGAUUUUUGCAGUAAACAAUUUGUGACUAAACGUUCUGUCCAGAUGUCUUUUUCACAGGGGACUUUUUUUUUUUUGAAAACAAAUUAAUUGUUAAAUCGAAUAUAAUGAAAAUAUCACGAUUUUUUAGCUAUAUCGCCCAGCCUUAAUUUGAGUAAAUGUAGUGUUUAUCCAUCUAAAUUUACUUUUCAUGGCAGUCGGCUUUACUCAAGGUCCCAUUUAUAGGUUAUUUUCUCAUACUGGAUGUGAUUGUGGGGGAAAAAAAACAGUAGCUUUUACUAAAACUGACAAAUUUUCAGCAAAUCCUCCUGUCGGUUGAGAAUGUGGCCUAAAGCGGUCUUUACAACAGAAGCCUUAAAAUAAAACUGAAAGUCUUUACCUCAGUGUUCAGCUGAAUGGAUGUCAUUGAGAUCUGUAGAAAUCAUCAGCAUCAUAUUGUUCGUAUUCCAUGUGUGAAUUUCUAAUGAGUUAAAGCUGCUGUGAGUGUGUGCCAUAGGUUUUACACUAUUUACAAGACUUACAAUGAUAUUUUAAUGUGCUGCCCCCCCCCCACCCCCUCAUUUUUUAUCAUGCAUGUACUGGAGUAUUUAUUUCAAGUAAUUAAAAAUGUUGUUUCUCAUAACUAUCGUGUGACAUCUCAGUCUAAAGAUUAAAAUACUUGAUUAUUUUAAAUCUAUGAAAGAGGCCGAACGUUUUCACUGAAUGAACAAAAUGUGUGCUCUGA